AUGGCAGACAGAGAGGAAACGAUGCGAGCGGUGAUGUGGGACGGGAAGCCUUACCACGUCGCUGUACGAAGUAUUCCAAAGGCGAAAAUAGUCGAAGAGGAAGAUGCUGUCGUACGCGUCACAACGGCUGGAUUGUGUGGCACUGAGCUGCACAUAUAUCAUGGCGUUUUUGGAGGCACCGAGGUGCCUUAUCCCCUAGGGCAUGAGGCCGUAGGCAUUAUUACCGAGAUUGGACCAGCUGUCGAGCAUUUCAAAGUGGGAGAUCGCGUUGUCAUUCCUGGCAGUCCCGAUCCUGAUGUCCUCAUCGUCGAUCCUGAGCUUGUCCCAAUGCACUAUUCGGCCUACGGCACUGGCAACGUAUUGGGGCCGACACUUGGUGGAUGCCAAGCCGAGUAUGUGCGUGUCCCUAUUGCGGAUGAGUCUCUCAUAAAGAUAGAAGACGCAGAUGCAUCAGAUGAAGAGUAUCUCUUCUUGAGCGACAUCUUUGCCACAGCCUGGCAAGGACUCGAGUAUGCCAGAUUUCAAUCCGGCGACACCGUAGCCGUCUUUGGAGCCGGGCCAGUGGGGCUGCUAACCGCAUACUGCGCCAUUCUACGUGGUGCGGCAAAGGUCUAUUCGAUCGACCACAUCCAAGACCGAUUAUAUAAGGCAGCUUCCAUCGGUGCGAUCCCCAUCGACUUUACCAAAGGCGAUCCGUCGGAUCAGAUUCUCACUCUAGAGCCAAACGGCGUGCAGCGCUGCGUGGAUUGUGUCGGGCAAGAAUGUCUCAACGGGAAGCUGAAGAACGAGCAGAACUACGUCAUCACUCAGGCGAUCAAGUGUCUUUCCUUUAAGGGUGGCUUCGGUGCUAUUGGCGGUUUCUUCGGCCAGCCAAGCAGUGACGGAGUCCCUAAUGGAAGCACCAUGAGCCCCGAGCUUGUAGUUCCUACGGCGCUCUGGUUCUCCAAGUCCAUCACGAUGCAAGGUGGGCCCGUCGAGAUCACUUCUAAUGAGAAGAUUCUGAAUGGGCUCAUCAAGCAUGCGCGAGUCAAAUUAGACUUUAUCAUUACGGGAGUCUACGAUAUCGAGGACGCCCCGGAGGCGUACCGGCGGUUUGACAAGAAGCUUGAUAUCAAAGUGUUGUUUAAGUUUCGCUGGGAUGAGAAGAGCGCAAGAGCUAUAAAGAAUGGCACAAGGUCCAGGAACGGGGCGGUUUAG